AUGUGGCUGACCCUGAUCCAAUUGACUUGGAUCGGAUUGCUGACCGUGCAGAUGCAAGGGACGGUAAGCGGAUUAAGGAGGGGAGUGAGGAGGAGUGGGUUUCGGAGGUUUCAGCGAGCGGCAGUGGUGAAGGCAACGCUCACCCCUCCUCGCUUGGACCACAGAAGAGACGCAGGGUGGGGCGACAACGAGGCCUCGAGUCGUACUAUCCUCAAGCCACUUCCUGAAAAUCCACCUGAAGAAACACCUGACUGCCCUGGCAAGGCGACUCUGAAGAAGCAGAUUGCGUUGCUGGCGGAUUCUGUUGCUGCUCCACCUGGAAAAGCACCUGGAAAAGCACCUGUAAGGCAACGGCGAUCCGCGUCCCUGGCUCAGCAUGUGACAGUGACAAGCAAGAAGCCAGAGGUGGUUUGUAACGGUGUGCAUGGUGUGGAGAGCGGUGGUGGGGUGUGCGGGCUGGGUGGUUCCAGGAAAGGGGGGACUGCAGUGAAAGGUAAAGAGGGGGAGGGAGAGAGGGAGGACGAGGGGGAGGAGGUGACGUCAGCUGAUGCAUACAUGCUUAUAUACGUGCGGGAGGGGUUUGGGGAAGGAGAGAAAGGGGAGGGGGUGGGGAUGAGUGGGUUUGUAAGCUUUGAUAAGGCAGCUAAUGCAGGUGAAGGUGAGUGUGCCAUACUGAGAAGGGAUGGUGGUGGCAGUGGUAGGGGUGAAGCAUUGAGAGGGAAUGGUACCACUACCAAUGGUGCCAAUGGUGCUAAGACAGGAGAUGUGAAAGCACUUCAGCCCACUACAACGCCUGGUGAAUCACCUGAACCAACAGCAGAAACAGCUGAUGCGGCAGUUAAAGCACCUGAAGCAGCAGCAGGAGCACCUGAUGCGGCGGUUAAAACACCUGAAGCCACUGCAAAAGCACCUGAUGCUGCAGCGGAAGCACCUGCCGCACCUGUUAAAGCACCUCAAGCUAGUGCGGAAGCAGCUAACGAAGAAAAGAUGUUCCUAUUGGGAGGUGAUUUUGUCCGGCUGCCCCAGUUUCUCUUAGACGAGGUGACUCAAGCGAAUGCUGCGUUUCUGCAGCAGUGCGAGGAGCAGAGGAGGUGGGACGAGCAAACGACGAAGGGAAUUGAGGAGAGGAGGAGCGAGGUGCAAAACGUGCUCUCCCUGUUGCCUGUUGGCGCGGGAGGGGAAGGAACUGGAGGAAGGAGAGACGAGGAGAAAGAGGAGGAGGAGGAGGAGGAGGAGGCAGAAGGGGAAGAGUUCUUUUGGAUCAACACGGAGUGGCUCAAGGCAUGGGCUGACAAUGAGGACCUGCCGUGA